AUGGCUGUUGUUUUGCAACUAUUGUCCAUAGCAGGAAAUGUCCUUGGAUUUUUAUUUUUAACAUUAUGUAUUGCUUCAGGUUUAUAUUAUAUUAGUGAGAUUGUUGAGGAACAUACUGAACCAACAAGAAGAUUUUUAACUAGAACGAUAUGGGCAAUUGAAAUAAUAUUGCUAUUGUUAUUAAUCUUCGAUAAAUUCCCUAUAAAAUUAACACUUUUCACUAUGGCGUCUCAUAUGUUAUAUUAUCAAAAUUUGAAAAAAUUUCCGUUUAUUAGUCUCACCAGCUUAACAUUUUUAUCCAGUUGUGUUGUCGUUGUGGUGAAUCAUUAUCUUUGGUUCAAACAUUUCAAUGAAGUUGAUAUUCCACCACAAUUCCGUUAUGAUCCAAAUUAUGUACCACCAAGAAGAGCUACAUUUUCUCAAGUAUCGUCAUUUUUUGCCAUCUGUAUCUGGUUCAUGCCAUUUGCAUUGUUUGUUAGUCUAAGUGCAGGUGAUUAUAUAUUACCUACUACGGUUGAACAAGCCAAGAAGACAGAUGAUAUUACUGAUUUGAAUGAUAGUGGAAAUGCUACGAAAUUCCGUGGUAGAACUGUUGGAUUAGCUAGAGUCGUGAUCCAUAGCGUACGUAAAUAUAUAUAUUCAAUACUUGCGUUGUUUGGUAUUCAAGUGCAACGUGAUUAUGAUAAUCUUGGGAUAUAG